CCCACCUCGCCCGCCGCCGCGCCCGGGGCCGCCGGGGCUCCCGGGGAGCUGGGCUGGCUGUCGAUGGCCAGCCGCGAGGACCUCAUGAAGAUGGUGCGGCCGCCCUACUCGUAUUCGGCGCUCAUCGCGAUGGCCAUCCAGAGCGCGCCCGAGCGCAAGCUCACGCUCAGCCACAUCUACCAGUACGUGGCCGACAGCUUUCCCUUCUACCAGCGCAGCAAAGCCGGCUGGCAGAAUUCCAUCCGCCACAACCUGUCGCUCAACGACUGUUUUAAGAAGGUGCCCCGCGACGAGGACGACCCAGGAAAAGGCAACUAUUGGACUCUGGAUCCAAACUGUGAGAAAAUGUUUGACAACGGAAAUUUUCGUCGGAAGCGAAAGCGUCGCUCCGAAGCCAGCAGUGGCUCUUCAGCGGCAGGGGCAGGGGCAGGGGCAGGGGCAGGGGCCGCGGGGGCAUCAAAAUCAGAAGAAGGAUUGGGGGCCCGCGAGGGUGGAAAGCCGGAAGGAAACAGCCCCUCCUCCCUGCUGCGGCUCCCGCCCUCCCCCGAUCCCCCUGAGGACACCAAGAGUACUGCGUCCUCCCCGGGAUCCUCCCUGCUCAGCUCCGCGCCUUGCCUCAGCACCUUCUUCAGCAGCCUCAGCAGCCUGAGUGGCGGUGGCAGCGGGGGCGCCCAGCGUGCCUUCCCCAGCAGCCGCCACCUGGGCAUCCAGGGUGCCCAGCUGGCCCCCAGCAGCCCCUUCCCCUCCACCUCCGUCCCGGAGGCGGCCUCCGAUGCCUUGCAGCUGAGCAGCGGCACCAGCAGCAGCCAGCGACCUUCCUAUUACAGCGCUUUCCCCGCCAGCACCAGCGCAGGCCAGAGCAGCCCCUUCAGCAGCCCCUUCUACAACUUCAGCAUGGUCAACAGCCUCAUGUAUCCCCGGGAGGGCUCGGAGGUGUAG